CUUCCACAAAAACUUCAGCCCUAAAACGAUCGACACAACUGCUAAUUCCACACGAAUCUUGACGCGAACUCAGCCAUGAUCACUCGCACCGCUUUCUUCUCCUUCAGCCUUCUCCUCUUCCUACUCUCAACCACCACCUCAUCUUCCGCUUCUCUGCUCCAAUCACUCGACCCGGUCACCGAACGCCUCAUAGACCCGUUUCGAAUCCUCGAGCACAUACCCUUCGAGCUGGACCGGGCCGACUUAACGCCGGCGGUCUAUCCAACCACCGCCACCGUUAACUGGAAGGAAACUCCGACCGCCCAUGAGAUCUCCAUCGACGUCCCCGGAAUGAAGAAAGAUGAGCUCAAGAUAGAAGUAUUAGAUGAGAAUCGAGUCUUGCGUGUCAGCGGCGAGCGGAGGAGAGAGGAAGAGAAAAAGGGAGAAAAAUGGCACCGCGUUGAACGAGCAGAGAGGUUCUGGCGUCAGUUCAGAUUGCCGGAAAACGUUGAACUUGACUCCGUUACGGCCAAGUUAGAGGAUGGUGUGCUUACCGUGACCCUGCCUAAGCUGGCGCUUGACAAGGUGAAGGGUCCCCGGACGGUGAACAUAGUUGGCGGCGAAGUGGAGAAGGAGAGUUUGAGCGGCGGUAAAGAUGUUGGAAAGAAGGUCGAGCUCUGAGCAUUAGUGGAAAUAGAGCGUUUCUGAAUAGCCGAAGAACUGCUAAUUAUGUGCGUGUUAUCAACGGUUGGGUGCUCUGUGUUUUGUUUUCGAUGAAAGUUUGGUUAUAUGGCUUAUCCAAAUAAAAAUGGGAGAUUUAUAUGCAUACCACUUUAUACUACUCUAUUUACAUAUUUAACAUCUAAAAUUUUAAUAUUACAUGCAUACCACUCAUAGUUCAUUUUCAUAUCAAAUAUGGGUGGUAUAAAUGAAAUAUAUAAGUGGUAUAAAGGAAACAUGAGUGGUAUAUUUGAUAUUAAAAUAAUAUAAGGUGGUAUGUAUGUAAUAUUAAGAUUUUGGGUGUUAGAUAUGUAAAUAGGAUGGUAUAAAGUGGUAUGUAUGUAAAAUUCCCAAUAAAAAUUUAGCGCCUGUUUUGGAUA